AGGGUGUAAGGUCGCAGAUGCCAUCCAACGGGAAGUACAGGCGCAAGACAAGGCUACGUGCCGUGUCUCGUCUUUCAGUUACAGUCCUUUUUGGGCGUUACUUUUAUAGGUUGUACUAUACAAAUUGAGAUUAAUUUGCAUGCUGACUAACUAGCCUGAAAAUGUCGUCCAUUACUUUAACCAGACUAACAACAGCUACGAAAUCUACAUCAAGGCUCUGCUUCUCUCCCCUUUGCAAAGGCACCAUUAACAGCCAAGGAGUUGAUCUACAUUCGUCUUUACGCCGACCACAUUCCAGUUUUCGCAAACUAUCUUCGUUACCUUUCACAAAAUGGUUUCCCAGAUGUGUGUCAACCAGGUUAAUGUCUUACGGACUAAAUGUCACACCUGGUCGAUAUCGAAAAGGAGUCUUCCUUGUGACUGGUGCCGCGGCAGUGGCUGGGAUAGUGGUAGGUGUAUGCCACUUCCAGAGGGCAGAGAUGGCAUCAAGGAUUGUGAAGACAGAAAAAGAUGAAGGAGAUAUUCUAGAAAGGUGUAAAUCUUUCAUGUCUCCCCCUGUCACGGACGUGGAAGUUUUACAGCAGAGAAAAGACGAGAUGAGCACCAGAAUGGAAAUGCUCAUCAUGGAAACACAGGCAGCGUUCUGCAAGGCCCUUGAGCAGGUGGACGGCGGUACUUUCAAAGUGGAUAGCUGGCAACGUAAAGAAGGUGGAGGGGGCAUCAGUUGCGUCUUGCAGGACAGCAAAGUGUUUGAGAAGGCCGGUGUGAAUGUGUCUGUGGUUUUUGGGAGCCUCUCUGAGGAAGCUGCCAAGCAGAUGCGCAGCCGCGGGAAAGUGCUGAAGGCAAAAGAUGGGAAGCUGCCGUUUUGUGCCAUGGGCGUGAGCUCGGUCAUUCACCCAAAGAACCCCUUCAUUCCUACUGUGCACUUCAACUACAGAUACUUUGAGAUUGAGGAGGCGGAUGGCUCCAAACAGUGGUGGUUUGGGGGAGGCACUGAUUUGACCCCUAUGUACCUUAACCAGGAAGAUGCCAUUCACUUCCACAGCACUCUGAAGGAGGCCUGCGACAAACACCAUCCGCAGUAUUACCCAGACUUCAAAAAGUGGUGUGAUCGCUACUUUUUUAUUAACCAUCGAGAUGAGCGACGAGGUAUCGGUGGCAUCUUCUUUGAUGACCUGGACUCUCCGAGCCAGGAGGAUGUGUUUGCCUUCGUGAAGAGUUGCGCUCGGUCUGUGGUGCCGUGCUACGUGCCCAUCGUACGCAAACACGUCAACGAUCCCUUCAGUCCAGAGGAGAAAGCUUGGCAACAACUCAGGCGGGGCAGGUAUGUGGAGUUCAACCUGGUCUACGAUAGAGGAACAAAGUUUGGACUCGCCACACCAGGCUCCAGGAUUGAGAGUAUACUCAUGUCUUUACCUCUCACAGCCAGGUGGGAGUACAUGAAUAAGCCUGCCAAAGGCUCCAAGGAGGCCGAGCUGCUGGAGAUUCUUCGCAAGCCCAAGGAGUGGGUCUGAAACCCAGACACCCUGAAACCCAGAGGGCUUUCUCACAGAGAGAGAAACUUGCACUUCCUUCUUGAAUUUUUUUUCUCUCCUCUCCUUGCAUGACUCCCAGUCAUGUCCAUAAAAAAGGAGAGUGCUUCGCUGGAACAAGUUAUGCUGAUUUCACUGUUUGACUCUCUGUUGACUCACAAACAUGUUGCUGCCCGAAGUUGAACUCAAAGCCCUGCCUCUAAUGGCCGUUUCCUUUCCAAAGCUGUCCAUACACCCUGCUUUGCUAACCUCUGCCCAUGGUCUAGUGUGAUUGGUUGUGCGUUUACACACAUGCCUGCUGCUUCAAAUAGAAAUGCUGAGGCUUCCUGUUAAUGAUUGUGCUGUGCUGUGCUGUUUGGUGGGGUAAUGCUCUAUAUGUGAAGGAAUUUGUGGUUUUGUAAUUCAAAGAAUUUGAGUUUUGGUUCAGUGGUUGCUUCUGAAGGAAAUCAUACGAUUGAGACACAGGACUGGAUCCCUUUCUUUGGGUUUGUGCUAAAUUGUAACUUGUCUGCUCAGCAAAAAUGCCUUUUUUCAAAGUUAACAUUUUUUAUACAAUACGCUGGAAAAAAAUACUUUGAAUAGAAUAAACUUGAAUAUUUUAUUUUG